AUGUCGCACCGAAAGUUCGAAGCGCCUCGCCAUGGCUCUUUGGCAUUCUUGCCUCGCAAGAGGGCCGCCCGCCACCGCGGAAAGGUCAAGUCUUUCCCCAAGGAUGACCCCAAGCAGAGCGUACACCUCACCGCCGCAAUGGGCUACAAGGCCGGCAUGACCACCAUCGUGCGCGACUUGGACCGCCCCGGUGCGAAGUUGCACAAGAAGGAGAUCGUCGAGGCCGCCACGGUCAUCGAAACUCCUCCGAUGAUUGUUGUUGGAAUCGUUGGAUACAUCGAGACUCCCCGCGGCCUGCGCUCGUUGACUACUGUCUGGGCUGAGCAUCUCUCAGACGAGCUCAAGCGUCGCUUCUACCAGAACUGGUACAAGAGCAAGAAGAAGGCCUUCACCAAGUACGCCAAGAAGCACGCUGAGGAGGGCGGCAAGUCCAUCACUCGCGACCUCGAGCGCAUCAAGAAGUACUGCACCGUCGUCCGCGUGCUCGCACACACCCAGAUCAGCAAGACCCCGCUCAAGCAGAAGAAGGCCCACCUCAUGGAGAUCCAGGUCAACGGUGGCUCCAUCGCUGACAAGGUCGAGUUCGGCCACGGUCUCUUCGAGAAGCCAGUGGAGAUCGACUCMAUCUUCGAGCAGAACGAGAUGAUUGACUGCAUUGCCGUCACCAAGGGUCACGGUUUCUCUGGUGUCACCAGCCGUUGGGGAACCAAGAAGCUUCCGCGUAAGACACACAAGGGUCUCCGAAAGGUCGCUUGUAUCGGUGCAUGGCAUCCAUCUCACGUGCAGUGGUCUGUGGCUCGUGCCGGUCAGGACGGUUACCACCACCGUACCUCGGUCAACCACAAGAUCUACCGCAUUGGAAAGGGUAACGACGAGGGUAACGCCACCACCGACUUCGAUCACAGCAAGAAGGCCAUCACUCCUCUUGGUGGCUUCGUCCGCUACGGUGAGGUCAAGAACGACUUUGUCCUCCUCAAGGGUUCCGUCCCUGGUGUGAAGAAGCGUGUCAUGACCSUCCGCAAGUCCAUGUUCAUCCACACCUCCCGCCGCGCACUCGAGAAGGUCGACCUCAAAUGGAUCGACACCUCAAGCAAGUUCGGUCACGGUGCCUACCAAACUCCUGCCGAGAAGAAGCAGUUCAUUGGCACUCUCAAGAAGGACUUGACCACUACCGCAUAA